UGUUUGCCCUGUCCUAAUGUUAUCCUCUUCACCGCCCGCAUUUCUUAUAAUAAAAUAGCUUACUCCCACUUUUGAAAGAGGAACCUAGAAAAGCGGGUGACUUUUAACUACUAGAUCUUAUGGACUAACUUAAAACUAAAGAACAGGAGCGAAUAGAUCUUUUAUUUACACCGCCUCGGACCACAAUCUUUCACCCUCUGCAGUUUUCUCAUCUUGAACAUCAGAGCACAAAGGAUGUCUCAGCUCCAAUUUCAGUGUCCGCCCAGCGCCAUUCCUGCUGCCUCUGCCCCGCUGCAGAUGGGGCAGCCGCAGCCCAGUUACAGCAUCCCGUGUGCUACAGGUGCCCUACCGUCGGAGAGUGCAAGCCAGCCCAUCAGGAGCUCUGCUCUCCCCGCGGGCUCAGCCACCCCCUAUAGUACCACCACAGUAUCUAACAUGGCAAACCCUAAAGAGAAGACCCCUAUGUGUUUGGUGAAUGAGUUAGCCCGUUUUAACAAGAUCCAACCUGAGUACAAGCUUCUUUCUGAGCAAGGACCAGCUCACUCCAAGAUCUUCUCAGUGAGGCUCACUCUGGGAGAUCAGCACUGGGAGGCAGAGGGAACCAGUAUCAAGAAAGCCCAGCAUUCAGCUGCUGCAUCUGCCCUCUCUGAGACCACACUUCCCAAACCCACAGUUAGAUCACCUCGAAACACAGGCAGGAACCCAGUAGAUGGCAGUACACACAGUAUGGAGUUGAAUGCACUUUGUUUGAAGCUUGGUAAAAAACCUAUGUUUAAACCCAUCGACCCAUACCCGUGUAUGAGACCACCAAACUACAACUACAAUGUUCGCGCUCCUGGACCUUACCAGCGCUCUAUGCAACAGUACUACUAUCCAUUUCCUCCAGUGGGACCAAUAGUAUACCACAUGGAGCUCUCCAUCGGGAGCCAGCAGUUUAUUGGAAAGGGGCGGACGCGGCAGCAGGCCAAACAUGACGCUGCUGUCAAAGCCUUGAAAGUGAUGCAGAAGGAGCCAAUACUGCAGCAGUUGCCGGUGAUGAAUGGAGAGCCUGAGGAGGAGGAGAACUUGAACAAAUCCGAAAUAAGCCAAGUGUUUGAAAUAGCUCUAAAAAGAAACCUACCUGUCAACUUUGAGAUUUUAAAAGAAGAAGGGCCUCCACAUAUGAAGAAUUUUGUAGUGCGUGUUACAGUUGGGGAGUUCUUUGGAGAGGGGGAGGGCAAAAGCAAAAAGAUUGCAAAGAAGCUGGCAGCUGCCGCCGUGCUGAUAGAGUUAAAGAGGCUCCCCCUCAUACCCAGUGUGGAGAAGAAGCUGCCGCGCAUCAAAAAGAAAACAAAAUCUAUCAUUAAGCUGCAGACCAGCCCUGAGUAUGGCCAGGGGAUGAAUCCCAUCAGCCGCUUGGCUCAGAUCCAGCAGGCAAAGAAGGAGAAGGAGCCAGAAUACAGCAUGGUGACAGAAAGAGGUCUGCCACGGCGAAGGGAGUUCGUCAUGCAGGUGACUGUGUGUAGCCAGACUGCAGAGGGGCUGGGACCGAGUAAGAAGGUGGCAAAGAGGAACGCAGCUGAGAAAAUGCUGGAACUGUUGGGAUAUAAAGUGCCUCAGCCUCAACCUCCCAAGCCAGCACUAAAAUCUGAAGAAAAAGCGCCAGUUAAAAAGUCUUGUGAGGGGCGCAAAGUAACCUUCUUUGAACCAGGUUCAACAGACGACGUGACAGUGUGUACAAAGGAGGAGGAUUUCCGCUUGCCUUACCUCAGCCACCAGCAGCUGCCUGCAGGUAUCCUGCCCAUGGUGCCUGAGGUGGCGCAAGCAGUCGGGGCCUGCCAAGUAACCCAGCUGAAGGACUACAGCCGAAUUGUGGCCAACCCAGGCAAGGCCACAGUCACUGCCACCAUUGCCAACGAGCUGCUGUACGCUGGCUCGUCUAUGACUGCUGUGGCGAUUUUAAAGAACAAAAACAACCUGACCCAGAUGCCCCAUGGACCCCUCACCAGACCCUCUGAACAGCUUAGCUAUCUUGCAUCUGUACAGGGUCUGCAGGUGGAAUACAAGGAUUUCCCCAAAAACAAUAAGAAUGAAUUUGUAUCUCUGAUAAACUGCUCCUCCCAGCCUCCACUCAUCAGUCACGGCAUUGGAAAAGAUAUAGAAUCCUGUCAUGAUAUGGCUGCACUGAAUAUAUUGAAGUUGCUGUCCGAAUUCGACCAGCAGCCAAACGAAAGGACAGGGAAUGGACCAGCUUCAGGGUGUGGCAAGCAAGAAAUGGAGGGUGACCUGCACCUCAAACAGGCUAACUCAAACACAUUGGCACAGACUCUGGAUAGUACGGCUUAGAUCCGAUUUGGUUGUCUGUAAAAGCACUAGAGAAAACUCACCACACUGUGUUCUUUGUCUUCUUUUGGAUUGCUACAGAUAGCUUUACCCACUGUGGGCCCUGAAGUAUUAAGAUAACUGUUACAAAAUGUUCACAGUUAAACAAGAUUGAUAGAAGUAGCUAAUUGAUGUUGUUUAAUUGUUCACAUUAUUUUUUCUUCUCAAUAUUGAAACAGUAGCUGCAUCCUAGUCAGUGAUUUGUUUUGAGUGUAUAUGAAAAACUCUUUAGUGAAUAAACUGUGAAUAUUGUUUUUUUUGAGGGGUAGUUAUUUUUUCUUAUAUUUUAACAUGUCUUAUUCUUUAUUCCCACAGAGCUAGUUGAUAAAGAUGGAAUGUAAAGUUUGGGCCUCCUUUUUUUUCUAGGGUGCAGCUAAUGAACAUUUGUUGAUUUUCCUAGAGUGCUUUCUAUAAACAACCAAAAAGAUAAUAACUAAAUGUAGCGUGAUAUGUAACGUGAUGGUCCCUGCUGUGUGUGGCAGUGACAUGCCCCCAUCUCCUUUUCUCCCUAAUGUCAUCUUCCCUUCUCUGUUCAUAACCCAUAAUGGUAAUUAAACUCCUGUGCUAACAGGCACCAAACAAA